AUGGACAGCCCCGAGGAUUCCAAAAUAUUAGCAGACCGCCUUGCCAAAGAGCGACACCAGAUGCCGCAAGUACCCAUGGCCUAUAAGAAAGGACGGCAGUGGCAUAGCAGAACGCGCCCUGAGCCUGCAUAUCUGGCGCAUCGUCCUCGCCGUCUUCCUCACCAGCAUGGAGCAGUUGGAGAUGGUCUUCCUCUUCCCCAGAAGUCAGUGUCAGCUGCAGGUUCCGCCCGCCAGGACCCGGGAAGAGAUUGGACUCCCUACAAGCUCAAAGCGUCACCGCAUUUAGCAGACUUCUUUUCUUCCGAUGAUGGUCAUGUGGCCACAACAUUAGCGGAACUAGUAGCCUCAUCUGAUCCUGAAGAAGAGCCUAUGUCCGAAAUAUCAGCACCGGUGAUAACCCCAUCUACUUCUGACGGAGAUCAUGAUCCUGACUCCAAAGGUCCAACUAAAGUCAGUCAAGAAACGGAAUUUCUGUACAUCAGAGAUUGGAAAUCCGCACUUUCUUACAAGCAUGGUCCCCUCACCGACAUUAAAUUAUGUCGCUGUUUCUUGCACGACUGCAUCUCUUCCACCAAACAAGCCCAUGAGAUGGCGCGACAGGAUAGAGGAAAGGAACACAAAUCAAGGGCUAUGAGCAAUACUUCCAUCGUGGGCUAG